GCGCCACCCCGCGCGCCCGCACCUAUUAAACCACACGGCCUGAGCCCGAGCAAGCAAUCUCCUUCCGCUCCCAUCGCGCUGCAGCUGCUGCCGCCGCCUCGCCUUCCCCGAUUCGCCUCCGGGCGGAGAAAGAUCCCCAAUCCCCAUGGCGGCGGCGACGGAAGAGGAGUUCACGGACGCGGAGCUGGAAGUGGCCACCAUUCUGUGCGGCCUGAAGAAGACCCUGCGCGCGCGGGACCGGCGGCGGGCGCAGCGCCUCUUGGCGGCCCCGGAGCUCCCCUCGUGGGGGCGCCGCCGGCCGCGGUCGAUGCCGGAGGAGAAGCCCGCCGCCCCUGCUCCCGUCCUCCUCCCCGCUUCCGGGGUCGCGGAGCGGGACGGCGCCGCCAGCCCGGACACGCCGCUCGCCUACCCGGAGAGCGGCGGGGACGACGCGCCGAUGGAGGAGGAGGAGGACGCCAAGAAGCCCACCUCGCACGACCAGUGGGUGCAGGAGCAGCACGGCGUGGUCGCGAGCUUGUCCCAGGAGAACGCGCAUCUCCUCACGAUCGAGGAGUACAGAGCGCGGCUGCAGAGCUCGAGGAGCACGAACGAGAGCUUGAAGCAGCUGCACAAGGUGAAGCGGGAGGAGGAGGAGCAGGAGCAGGCGCGGAAACGGCCGCGGGUGGCGGCGCAGGCGCCGGGCGCAGCGGAUCCCCGGGCUGCGGCGGCGCUGGGGCUGGACCUGAACGAGCCGGCGCGGGCGGCGGAGGAGGACGAGCAGGCGAGGGCGCAGGCCCAGGCCCAGGCCGCGGCGGCGGCGGCCUUUGAGUACUACCGGUUCGUGCAGCGGCGGGCGGCGAUGGAGAAGGCGGCGGUGUCGGCGGGGGCGCGGCGGCGGCGGCUGGAGAUCCUGCGGGCCAAGGUGGCCUGCCCGCUGGUGUCGAGCCGGCCGCGGCGCGCGGGGUGAGGUUGGAACUGGGGGACGGCGGCGGCGCCAUUGACGCCGGCGCGCGUGCAAGUUUUGAGCGUGGCAGGCUGGUCUAAUUGGACCAGCACGAGCUUGUAGCAGUCGUAGUACUUGUUAUAGUAGUAGUGGUAUAGCAGCGCAAUCAAACUGUUCUGGCGAAGAAGAGAGUGUAGGAGGAAGGAAUCGGAGCUCCCCCAUUCGUAUUCAUGGCUGGGUCGAUUUGGAGUAAGGCAGCGAGAGGUAGCUGCCGUCUGGGUCGUCCUGGAACAUUGUGAGAUUUUUUAUCGGUAUUACUAGCAAACAGUAUUGAUUAUAUUAUUGAUUAACUGUAUGUAAGAGGAUUGGCAAUGCAGCAUUUUCAAUAGAGCAGUAGCAGUAAUGGUUCUGUUU